UAUCUCUUUUAAAUGGCAUUGGAUGAUACGCUGCCAGGAAACCUUGCAUUAUUUCUGCACUUCUAGAUAAGGCUCUAAAUACCAGCCGUACCAGUUGUGCCUAAAUUUAAAGAUAAUGGGAAAUGGUAAAAGCAAGUUGCCACAAAAAUAAAUAGCUGAAAGUGAAAGGAGGAAGGCAGGUUGAGCAAGCAGUUCAUGAGAAAGUAUUCAUUGCCAAAAUGCGGCACAAAAAGAAGAAAGCUAAACGGAGACUGAAUGUUAAACUUUCACUCUGUACAUUAAGUUUAAUGGUUGUAUCAACGGCUUCAUAUGACAGGAAAUGAUCUGGGCGUUUUGUUCACUUAUUCUGGAUGCCCUUAGUUUCACAGAGCAACUGGUAACAUGGAUUGCACCUCGGAAGGGGACAGCUGAACUCUCCCUCUGGCUUUAGUGAGGAAAGAGCAGCGAUGAAAUCCGUGGACUGUGUGCACGUCAUCCAACAGAAGGAUACCGCCUCCUCUCCCUCUGCCCCCCCUGGUGCUGCUUCAGGCACCACGGGACUUUUUUCUGUCACAUUCCUGUGGCUUGCAAUGCUCCUGUCCUCUUGUCUUGCAGCAGUGUCUCUUUACCAUGUUAUCACCCUGAAAACAGAGCUAGAAGCUCUGCGCCACGAGCUGAUCCACAGGGUCCAGGCAAGGUCUCCGCUAGAGCGGCCAGCCGUCUCCCCUGAUGACGAGAAAGCGGGUGCCCCUGUUUCUUCCUUCCUGCAAGCCUCUGCAGCUGGUGCCAGGCAGGAGAACAAGCUUCAUGGCCCUACCCCAGCUGAAAGUUUCCGAAAGGAAAUCUCGAAUGGGAGCAGAAACAGGGGGAGAAGGUCUGUCGUCCACACAGAAGAAACAGUGCUGCAGGCCUGCUUGCAACUGAUUGCUGACAGCAAAAGUGAUAUCCAACAGAAAGAUGAUUCAAGCAUUGUCCCUUGGCUUCUGAGCUUUAAACGUGGAACAGCUCUGGAAGAACAUGGAAAUAAAAUAGUGAUCAAAGAAACGGGAUAUUUUUUCAUAUAUGGCCAGGUUUUAUAUACAGAUACAACAUUUGCUAUGGGACAUCUAAUACAGAGGAAGAAGGCCCAUGUGUUUGGUGAUGAUCUGAGCUUGGUGACAUUAUUUCGCUGCAUCCAAAAUAUGCCACAGUCUUAUCCGAAUAAUUCUUGCUAUACCGCUGGCAUUGCAAAAUUAGAAGAAGGGGACGAACUUCAACUUACAAUACCACGAAGACGAGCCAAAAUAUCCUUGGAUGGCGAUGGUACUUUUUUUGGUGCAGUCAGACUCUUCUGAAGUCCUUUGUUUCUGUUAUUAUGCUUAGUGCAGUUUUCUUCUUUUCCAAUGCAUUUGUCAGGAAAAAACUGAAUUUUAAUAAAGCUGCCAAUUCA